CACAACUGAAGUAGGAGCUCGCUGCUUGGCUGUCCCUAGGCAUGAAUUACUCACGGUUCAUCACGACCACGAGCGCUGCCAGGUGGCCUUCUCCCAUCAGAACCACAGCUGAAAUAUUGGGUAGGGCACCAAAAUCACUCAUCUCCUUGGCUCCUGGAUACCCAAAUCCAAGCAUGUUCCCCUUCAAGAGCGCUGUUAUCACUGCAGAAGAUGGAAUCACCAUCCGAUUUGAAGAAGAGACGAUGAACAGAGCACUUCAGUAUUCUCAAAGUGCUGGAAUUCCAGAGCUUCUGUCCUGGCUAAAACAACUGCAAGUUAAAUUACAUAAUCCUCCCACCCUCAACUACCCACCCGAUCGGGGACAGAUGGACAUCUGUGUCACAUCUGGCAGCCAGGACGGGCUGUGCAAGGCAUUUGAAAUGAUCAUUAACCCUGGGGAUAAUAUCCUCAUAAAUGAACCUGUUUAUUCAGGAACACUUCAAGCUCUGCUACCCCUGGGAUGCAACAUCAUUAAUGUUGCCAGUGAUGAAUAUGGGAUGAUUCCAGCCUCCCUCAAAGAAGUCCUUUCCCAAUGGAAACCAGAAGAUGCAAAGAACCCUAAGAAGAACACUCCCAAGUUCCUUUACACUGUCCCAAAUGGCAGCAACCCUACUGGAAACUCAUUAACAGGCGACCGCAAAAAGGAAAUCUAUGAGCUUGCAAGGAAAUAUGACUUUCUCAUAAUAGAAGAUGAUCCUUACUAUUUUGUCCAGUUCAAUAAGUCCUGGGCGCCAACGUUUCUAUCCAUGGAUGUUGACGGGCGUGUCAUCAGAGCCGAUUCUUUCUCAAAAGUCCUCUCCUCUGGAUUGAGAGUGGGGUUUCUAACUGGUCCCAAGCCCUUGAUAGAAAGAAUUGUUUUACAUACCCAAGUGUCAUCAUUGCACACCAGCACUUUUAUACAGCUUAUGGUUUAUCAGCUUCUACACCAAUGGGGAGAAGAUGGUUUUCUGGCUCAUGUAGACAGGGUUAUUCAUUUCUAUAGGAACCAGAGGGAUGCAGCACUGGCAGCUGCAGACAAGUGGCUAAGCGGUUUGGCAGAAUGGCAUGUUCCCACUGCUGGAAUGUUUCUGUGGAUUAAAGUUAAAGGCAUUUCUGAUGUAAAAGGACUGAUUGAAGAAAAAGCCAUUAAAAAAGAGGUGUUACUGGUUCCAGGAAAUGGUUUCUACUCCAACAGCUCUGCUCCCAGCCCUUACCUGAGAGCUUCCUUCUCCAUAGUUUCUCCAGAACAGAUGGAUGUGGCUUUCCAGAGAUUAGCCGAACUUAUAAAAGAAUCUUUGGAAGAAAACUGAUCACACUACUCAUAGUUGGA